ACACACACACGCACAGACAGACAGAGAGAGAGAGAAGGGUCCCUCCCCCGCUGCAGGACGUCACUGAAAGGGAGAGGGCAGCAUGUUGGCUGACCCAGCUCUUUUUGCAGAUAACUCAAUUGAGGCGACCAAACAGGAUCGACCUCUCUCUUUCUGCGCUGCAGCCCUUCAGCCACAGACACGCAGGCGAGGGAGAGGGAUGUCACAGCUGAAAGAAAACCAGUCCACCUCCGCCUGCACGAAGAACACGCACUGCACCGCCAUUCCUCACGCCUACGCACGCGGUAUUCACUUCUUUUACGCGCCGUUCGGAGACAAAUUGGUCCAAUUUUGGCCCCGUUGACCAUCCGUUAUCUGUCAUCCCUCCGAUAGUGGUGAUAAUGCUUCCCAGCCAGCUCGUAACUUCUUCCACCACGCCUUUUUCUGUGAAGGAUAUUCUGAAGUUGGAGUUGCAGCAACAGUCUCAGCAGCACCAGCUCCAGUUUAUCUCCUGCUUCGGUCUCUCCGCUGCGCUUUCACAGCCGGGAGCUUUCCCAAAUAAACCGUUCCGCUCUCACUCUCCGCCCUCUUGCAUGUUGGCUGGAAGGGACAGUCCGAGUCCCAUUAGCUCCGGUGUCUCGGAGGGCGAGGAGAGGAUGUCGUACCUCAACACGCUCACGGUUCAGGACCGACUGGCAGAGUCCGGUCUGCCCGCGGAGAUGUUCGGCAACCCGGCGCAGAACCGCUCCCCGGACCUCCAGCUGGGGACCGAGCAGGAAGACCGCGAUAGCAACAUCCUCACGGGACGUGACGCCCGGGAGAAGCUCGGUACCGGGUUUACGGAGGAGCUCUGCGCGCCGGAGCGCCGCGGAUUCAGCGGGCGCGCCGAGAGAGUCCCCGAACUGACUCAUCCAAACGCGAACGAGAACCGCAUCCAGGCGGAAAUACGUCCUGCUGAUCUCAGGCUCUCCAUCGGACACCUCCGAUCUCACACCUACUGCGAAGAGGCCACGGGACCGGAGACCGAGCUCGGAGAGCAGCAGCCGCACGCCGCGCGGCAGACAGGGGAGGCAGAGGGCGCGCAGGAAGGAUGUCACCACAGCGGCGAGGCGGCCAGCUGUUCCCCCGACGCGCAGCAGUGCAGGCCCGGGACGAAGAAGCGCUCCAGGGCGGCCUUCUCUCACGCGCAGGUCUACCAGCUGGAGCGCCGCUUCAUCGCGCAGCGGUACCUCUCGGGCCCCGAACGAUCCGACCUGGCGGAAGCUCUGAAUCUCACAGAGACUCAGGUGAAAAUCUGGUUUCAGAACCGGAGGUAUAAAACCAAACGGCGCCAGACGGCAGCCGAGCUGGUGGCGUACGGCUCACCGAAGACAGUGGCCGUGAAAGUGCUGGUGAGGGACAAUCUGAAGCAGUACCAGCAGGCUAAUGGAGUACACAUCCCGAUGGCUGUGCCGCAGUACCAGCAACCCUACCAGUACCACCCCUACCUGCACCACUGCUGCCAGCCCUGGAGCAUGAACGGCAUGUCCUGUGGAGGGAUGCUCACGUGACUUGGUGUCUCUCCCAAAUCAAGGUGUUGGCACACCCGAUGGAUUACCUUCUCUGCUCAAACUGCCUGAUUGUUUCACUUUUUUGUUUUCGUUUUGGAUGUCUGUUUGAUUUGAGUGUUUCAAACCAGAGCCUUCGACAUUUUGGCCAGGGGUUAAUAAAUGGUCCUGUACGCCUUAAUCAAUGAAAUAAUAAUAUUAGGACAUUCUGUGUAAGCCCGUAGUGACGAAUUGGUUCAUUAGACAAGUUCUGUGAAUAUAUUAUGGUUUAAUUACACUAUUUUAAAUCAUUCAUGCUUUUUUUGUUUUAUUUGAAUGGGAAAAUUAAUUGUACAGUCAACAAACAGAGCGACAUUUUUAGAGGGACAUUCUUUUUUUGUAAUUUUCACUUUAAACAUUAAUCAAUCUUGGGAGUGUUUAAUUUAAUAACUACAAUUUAAAUGCCAGCAAUUUUCAUGCAAACCCAGAAUAUGUCAACACUUUGCAAUGAUUGCAUUGAUUGAAAAAAUAAAAUAUUUAGUGUUUCUAAAUCUUAAAUUCAGCUCACUUGAUGAAGGUUUUUACCUUUUAAUUAGAGGUUUAUACCAAACAUUAAAAUAUCAGUGGGUGUGAACUUUUGUAUCUUUUAAAAAUAAUUGACAAAAUAUGUGUACAGGAAAUGAAACGAGUCAUGGCUCAUAGUCAACAAUAAUAUGAUCGGAACUAUACGUUGCUUUUUACCCCCUUGAUCCAAUAGGGACCAGACGGAGUAGAGAGGAAUUUAUAAAAAAAACAAUGUGCGAAAGUAUCUCAACAUGCAAGAAGCAGAACCAACAUUCUGACAUUUUAAGUUUGCAUGUAUCAUGUUUAUUGGACAACUUUAUUGAUAAUGAAAACCAACAUAACUCCUGCAGGACUACAUUCUUUAUUUGGGCUACCCUUUAAAAUGUGUGUGUGUGUAUGUGUGUGUGUGUGUGUGUGCGUGCGUGCGUGCGUGCGUGCGUGUGUGUGUGUGUGUGUGUGUGUGUGUGUGUGUGUGUGUGUGUGUGUGUGUGAGCGUGGAUGUUAAAAGGUCCAUGCAGAAAGCAGCUAAUUUAGUUUACUGAUUCCAGUAUUACCAUUACAAAAUGUACCCACUGAACUCGAAUAAGUUUAUAGGGGGAACAUUUCCUUUGAGAUGCUUGUUGUUAAGAGGCCUCCUGGCUGCAUGAAUCGGAGAGGUUGAGCAGACAUUGGAGAUGCGCCGCCCUUCAGCACAAGUUGCACAAGGCAGCAGGCAUUCGUUCUGAAAAGUCAACACACUCAUGCCCAAAAGAUGUGCUUGCUGCACUAGUAAAAAAACUAAGUCUUUGGUUUUCAAACAUAAGUACUCUUGCGUGGCAAUAGACAUGCCGAUGUACUGUCAAUAAAUAGACAAAAUAGGUUUUCUACUGGACAGAAAUAGAAAAAUAAGAAAAUAGACAUUAUUUUUGUUUCACUUUUUCCAAGACACGCUGCUUUGGCGGUGAGGAACACCGUGUGCCAUCCUCUGGCCUGGCACCGGACCAAAACUCAUCUAUCUCCUACAUCAAAACACCACUUCACACUAUCUUAAGUGGUUGACAAAGCUUUUGGGGCAGGGAGGAUGCUGCACAAACACCUCUAUUGACUGUGCAACUUGAAAUAACAGCGCUACAUUACGUCUAAUUAUUUUCAUGGGGUGCUUUGGUUGCUGCAACAGAAAAGGUCUUGCACUGUGGCUCUGAGGUAUGCUGCUUUCUUUGUGCUCUGAUUACUCACAUUGUGCUGGUGAAUAGUGCUUUAGUCAUUGCUGUCUAGCGUAACGUUUUCUUUUCCCGCACCCAGUGAUGUCACACUGAAUACAUUUUCCAUUGAGAAGAGAUAAGGUACUGAAAAAACGAGUCAGUAAGACAACCCGGAUAUUCAACGCUGUGGUGGUCAUGAUCUCCACUUAAAUCACAACUGUGUCUGAUAUUAUAUCUGGCUUAUUCAUGUGUUCUUAUAAAUAAAACAUGUGAGGUCUUCUGAAA